UCGCCUAGCAACGGGGCGGAGAGGGGCGGGGCGGAGGCACGCGGGCGGCUGGAGCAGCAGAACCCCGGGUGCUGCCCCCAGGGUUCCCUCCUCGCCUCCUGCCCCAUCGAUGGCUUGCCUGGCCUAGAGGGCUGCCUGCCUGCCUGCGGCCGGGGCAGGGACUGACCAUUUUGAAACUUACAAGGAAAUAGCUUCUCCAAAAGGAUGGAGGUGGUGGAAACAGCCCAGUCUGACUUCAACAACAUCAAAGGAUCCUGUAGGAAAACGGAGUCUCUUCUUUUAAACAACUUGGUGGAAGAGCCUAAGAAAGGAGCAUAUGUUCCCAACCACCUUCUGGAAUCUAAGAUAUAUACAAAGCUUUUAAGAAAUGAUGUCAUUCAGGCAAAACCUGCCAUAAUGCAUUUUGGAGGAUAUGAAAUAGAAAAACAUCAUCAACAAGUCCUGAAACUUGUAAAUAUUUCUGCUGAUCUUAUAAACAUCCAUAUUCUUCCACCAGAGACAAAGUACUUCAAAAUCAAAUAUGCCAAAACUUAUCGACUUGUCCCCGGAUUAUCUUUUACAAUUAUGGUUGAUUUCUGUCCUGAUGAAUGGCGAUACUAUUACGAUUGCAUCCGAAUCCAUUCUCAGGGAGACGACACACUGCUGAUUCCCCUGCAUGCCUAUCCUGUGAUGAAUACUGUAGACUUUCCAUCCUACAUCAAUUUAUCUGAUGUUCCCCUGGGACAGAGCAAGAAAUACGUGAUCCCUCUGCAGUGCAGCUGUCCCAUAGAUUUUGAAUUCUGCGUGGAGUAUCUUCAGCCUCACAAGGCCUUUACAAUCCAUCCAACAUCUGGAAUCAUUCCAGGGAAUGGAAAAGUGGAAGUGGUUGUUACUUUCAAACCAUUCGAAUAUGGAACAGCCCAGAUGAAAUUGCAGUUGUGGAUUUCACAGUUCAAUUCAAAACCUUAUGUGUGUUCAUUCACAGGAACAUCGACUCCACAGCCCAGUUUAACAAAAAAAGACUUUGAGAAGCAAGAAAAAAUACUACAGAAAACGAUAAGAAGUCCUGAAAAGGAAGUGUCACACAUCCUGCAGAGGACACUAUCGCCAAAACGUAUGCAGCUCAGUCCCUUCCACAAAGUGCAAUCCAUCAAAUACAAAGAUUUGCACUUCCCGAUUGACUUGUCAAAUCACUCCGCUGUGGCCACUGUUUUGAUUCAGGAGCCAGGCAAACUAAAGAUAAGGCGCUUAAGAGAAGUUCUAGGAGGACAAGGUGAUGUAGCAGCUCAAACAAGGCAGGUGAAAGAAGCUGUUUUUGAACUGAAAGUCAAACAGGAAAUACAAGAGGAAUUAACAAAUCAGCUGAAAUGGCAAGUUCAUUUAGGCGAAGAUCCAAUGUGUCCAUCUUUUCAAAAGCAAGUUCUUGAGGACCGAAGGAGGGAGGAAGAAGUGUACAAGAUGAAAAGAGGAGAUCCCAUUCUGGAGAAGGAGUUUCAAAGGAAGCAUGUUGAAAUUUCCCUCAAACGUAUCAUCCGAAACAGCACUGAGUGCCCCAAAUUCCAGCCAACAUUUGAUCUCCUGCUGAACAACCCUUGGCAACACAGACACUGGACUCUGCGGCGAUUCCAGCAAGCUGCCCGAAAGAUCCUGCUUCAGUGCCGACUCAAUCGUGUGAUAAAGAGGCUGCAUGGAGUAUUUAAGGCGAUUAAAGCACAAGAGCUGGAGGAGGCGUUCCUAUCAGGGAAAACUCCUGAAGACCGCAGGAGCUUCAAAGCAGACAGCAUAGCAGCCAUAAAUGAGGAGAAGAGAAUGUCUGUUGCUCUGACUGCCCAUCACAUACUGCCUUCCGCAUCCCCCACUUACAACCCUCCACAAUGGGCAGAUGAUCUGGCACCAGAAUUACUUGGUAUUGUCCCCAUGAAGUCACCAAAAGUUAAGCUCAAACAACUUCACCACUUCUAUGAGCUAAAGGUCCCCCAGCAUUUCAGCCUCAUGGGAUAUCAACCGUUCUGCAUACACCAGGCAGCAACCAGCUAUAGUGUUCCAAAAUACUCCCAAACUCUGAGGAUAGGUGCAGAGGAUGAGCUAAUCCCAGUAAUACUUGCUUCAGAGGAGGAGCUCCAGCUGGAGGCAGCAGAAGAGGAUGAACUUGACACUUCUCUGCUAAACCUUAAAGCUCCUGAAGCUUUGCUGCAUCCUCCAAAUGAUCAUCCGCUUCAGGUUUUUAAUCCUUGCCCAGGACUGCAUGAGUUCAAGUCACCAUUGUUUUAUGCAGAAAGCAGCAUUGAGUAUCAUAUUUGCCCCAUUCCAAAAUAUGCACUUACAAGGAAAUACCCACUAAAAUCCAGUAUUCCAGUUACUCAAAAGAAAUUCCUGGAUCACAAGGAAGUGAUUAGUGGUGUCACUAACUGGAAGAAGUUUCCCUCAGUGAUCAAUUCAACUUUACCUAAUGUGCCAGCUCUGAAUGGCAUCCCAAUCCCAUUCUGCACCGAUCCCUAUAAUGAAGAGAUGAUGCCAAAAGUUGUGCCUCCAGUUCUGGAUGGUUUAGCAGACCAAGACAAGGAGAAUGUGAUUGAGGAAGCAAAAGAAGGUGAUGCUACAGUCGUUCUUACCCCAGAGAUGAUUAAAGCUGAAUUUCCACAAAUUGGUGGUCCAUUGGAUAUACUAAAAGAAGGAAGUGAUGUAAAUGGAGAGCUUAAAGAUCCUUCUUGCACGUCUCUGAAUCCAAUACCUGUUUCCAGAGAUGCAAGGGACAUUGUGGACUGGUAUGUCCAAGCCCAGAGCAACGUAUUUGGGCAAAGGGUUGAAGAAAAUAUGGAGAAACUCAAAGAAAAGACCAUCCAAAAGAGCCUAAUCCUAAACUAAAUGUUAUCUCUUUAUUAUGGGGACAUUGUUUUACUUAUACAUUUUCAUGGGUCAGCCAAAACUGCUGCUGCUGCUGCUGCUGCAUUUUUAUACAUUCAACAGGUUUCUGGUGGAAAUACAAGGUGUGAACAAUUAUAAUUUCACGUAACCUUUCUCAGUAUUGCAAAAUAGAUGUUACAUGAAUUAUGACAUAUGUCUGUGUUUCCCCUCACUAGCUAUGCAUUUUGUAUUUGAGAAAAAUAUUAUGGGUAAGCAAUCCUCUCUUCCUUCAGCCGAUUCCAUCAAUUAAUACAUAAAAAAUGAGUGAAAAAUUCUAAGUGAGCAAUAAAUAUCAUUGGUUGAGUGCACCCUUGCCUCCCAGAUAUUUAUGAUGUUACAGAAAUGACGUCUGAUAAAAGUCUAUGUAUAUAUUUCUCCGCAUUCAAAUUUAGUCCAAUGCCUUCCCAUCCAUGCACACAAAGAGAUUAUUUUCAUAAGACUUUAAAUAAAGUGUUUUAAUGUAUUAUUUUCCAAUAAAAUGUGGACAACUAGUAUACUUA